AUGGAUGCCGUCCGGGACUACAGCAGCGAGCAACACGUCCACCGGCUCGCUGUGAUCGGCUGCGACGAGCCCCGCCUCCAGAAGGGGACGCCCGUGCAGCGUUUCUUCAGCGGCCGCUGUGUACUGGUGACGGGCGCCACCGGCUUCGUGGGCAAGGUGCUGCUGGAGAAACUGCUGCGCACCUGUCCCGACGUCGACACGGUUUACGCCCUGGUCAGACCCAAGAAGGGACUCGGCGUCCAGCAGCGCUUCCAAGACAUCCUCUCGAAGCCGGUGUUCAGCAACCUUGGGAAGGAGCAGCGGGGACGCCUGGUGGCGGUGGCUGGAGACGUCGCGCAGUCGGGCCUGGCUUUGAGUCCCGACGACGCAGAGAUGCUGCGCCACAGAGUCUCGGUCAUCUUCCACGUGGCCGCCACCGUCCGCUUCGACGAGGAGCUGCAUGUGGCUGCGGCCAUCAACGUGCGAGGCACGUGGGAGGUGCUGCGCCUCGCCCGAGACAUGCCCAACCUCAAGGCGGUGGUGCACACGUCUACGGCGUACGCGCAGUGCGUGCGACGCCAGGUGCGUGAGAGCGUGAUGGAGCCGCCGAUGACGGCCGCUGAACUCCUCCAGCUCUGUGGCAGCAUCAAGGAGGACACGGCCGACCUUCGUAGGUUUCUAGGCUCGUAUCCGAACACUUACACCUUCACAAAAGCUGUUGCAGAGCAUCUUAUCCAGCAGGAGUUCUCUGACCUUCCAGUAGCCAUCGUUAGACCGUCAAUUGUGGUGGCGACCAUGGCAGAGCCUUUCCCGGGUUGGAUGGACAGUCUGAACGGCCCCAUGGCUGUGGUGGCGCCAGCGUGCAGCGGCCUGCUGAGGAUCUUCUACUGUGACGUCAGGAGGCUGGUGGACCUGGUGCCUUGCGACAUGGUAGCCAACUGCAUGGUCGCUGCAGCCUGGGACGUCGCCACCGACAGUCGGGAGUGCACUGAACGGCCCAAGGUGUACAACUGCGUGACGUCAAGCGACGCGCCGCUGACGUACGGUGACUUCGUAAGCAGCAUUGGCCGCUGCACGGCGGACUGGCCUCCCAAGGCGGCGGCGUGGUGCUGCUCGCUAUGGGGCACCCGCCACCGGCCCGUCUACUUGCUGUGCCGGCUGCUGCUGCAGCUGCUGCCUGCCUACGUCAUCGACUACGUCGCGCUCCUCAUGCACCGGAAGCCGCGGCUGAGGGAAUAUUACAGAAAGGCACACAAAAUCAACAAGGCGUUGGAGUUCUUCGUGAUGCGCGAGUGGGACUUCGAGACGGCGCAGACCGAGGCGCUGCGGUCGCGCCUCGCCGCCGAAGGCGGCGCACUGCUGCCGUUCGACCCCCGGCUGAUAGACUGGGAGCGCUACUUUGGCCACUUCGUGUGCGGCGUGCGGCGCUUCCUCCUCAAAGACGACCUGGACUCCGUGCCCGCUGCCAGGCUGCGCUACAGGAGGUUGCUAUGGCUGCACCAAUGUGUCAAGAUGGCGGCGUUACUGGUCGUCUUAGCUGUGGCGUGUGCUAUUAUCUACGCUGUUGUAUACUGCUUCAUGUGAACCUGUGAGGCGCUAAAGUGUAGUAUAUCAACACUGCACCAAAGCAGUGACCAUCAGUACAAAUGAUAGAAUAUUUGUAGUUUAGAUGUGACACACAGUAAUUACAUACAGCGACAGCAGUCAGCUCUAAUAUAG